AUGGAUUCAGAAGUCACAAUAGAAACAGUAAUGGAUACUGUAUGGGGGUGCCGCAGAUGUCUGCCUGAGUCAGACAGAAACUGGACUGGGUUCAAUAGGCCUCAGCCUGCCUGCACCCAGGAACUCAUUAGAACAGCGUGUUGCUCCACACUACCUCGUGUUGUCUGUUGGCAUGCUCGGGAUUUGAACAGAUACAAGAACUUUUCAUCUGGUGCCGAAAACCGGGAGAGGCUCUGGUGUACGUCCCCAGUGGACCUACGCCUCCACCCUGGAGAGCAGGCCACAGCAGCCGGACAAAGGAAACUCCUCAGCCUCCAGUCGCCUCUCUGUGCAUGCACAUCAGUCACUGAUCUCACCUACCGGGGCCCUGCAGGCCCACGGGCCGCAGCUCCACACAGAACCCUCCUAGCAACCCACCUCCACCUGGCACCUGUUUCAAGUGUGGCAAUGAAGGCCACUGGUCCAGACAAUGACCAAACCCAAGUAAGCCCACCAGGCCAUGCCCCCUCUGCGGAGGACCCCACUGGAAGUCGGACUGUGAGUGGCCCCCACAAGGACCACACCCAUCCCUUCCUGAGCCAGCCAAAACCUCCUACUGAGAUCUCAUCAGCCUUGCCGCUGAAGACUGACGGUGCCCUGGAACAGAUGCCCCAGCAACUACCAUCUCUUCAUCCGAGCCAAGGGUAA